UACGUGUAUAUAUAUAGCGAAUAAAAAGAUACGCUGAAGAGAACAAGACAGAGAAAAAGAGACAAAGAGUACAUAGCACCACGGACGGGAGAGAAAGAGAUACAGAGCGUGGAAGCAGUUAUUGAAAGUUGAGGGGCAACCAUCGGUGAUGUGGGACACAUCCCGCAACGGGCAAUGCAACAACCCCAACGUUUCAUACCGUCUGUAUCUGAUCUAUAUGGCACGGACGAGAUAGAACUGCUGCUGGACGAGAUACGUGAGCUGGAGCUGGAGCCGGUCUGCUGUCAGCUGGACGAUGAGCAGGACUUUGAAAUAGCUGGCAGCAGGGCCGGCGAGCUCUCGCUAUCCCUCGAAUCGCCGCUGGGCACAUGCACCUCCUGGGACUCGCAUGCCAACUACAAACAGCGCAGCGGAGCGACACCGCUGCCAUGGGGCGUUGCCCUACACUGUGAUCCGCAACACUUGAAAACGCCUACAGGGAUUGUGCGCAUACUAUUGGUGUUAUCCUCGGCCGCCUGCCUGGCCUGCGAAUGCUCUGCGGGCACGGUACAGGUGGGCCUCUUUCUACUGCCACUCAUCGGACGCCUGAGACUGAUGGUCUUCUGUGCGCUCUUCUCGCUACUCAUCACAUGUCUCAUGCUCUUUCUGGAUAUAUCGCAUAUAGCUCUCAUGUUUCCAUUCAAUUGGACUAAAGUGAAUACGUGGAUGUACCUGAGUAUUGGUUUGAUAUUUAUUUUGAGCUCCACAUUACUUGUCCACAUGGUCCUCUGUGCCACUGAAUACACAUGGGUAUCCAAGCAUUCCAGGGACACACUAUUAGCCACAGGCAUUAUUGGAUAUGUGUGCGCCUUGGAGGCAUUUCUUUUGUCGGGCAUCGCAUCCUGGCCAUGGACUCAGUACCGUCAGGUGCCCGACGAUGCCAGCGAAUUGUUUAUCGAGGAUCGCGAAAUGACACCGAUGAGUCCCAUUAUUUGUAGCACCGAGCUGCAUGCGACGCCAUAUCGGAAUGGCAAUGCAGCAGCAUCGGAGGAUCUAUAUAACCAACAACAACAACAAUCGUCCUAUAAUCAAAAGCCUUAUAUACCUGCCAAACGACCCAAUGAGCUCAACAAUCAGCGUCCAGCAUUGGGUCACACACAAACCGCACGGACAAAACCCAAUCAACGUUAUCGAGAGGGCUAUCACUAUCACACAUCCCGCCAGAGUCCCACAUUCGUGUUAGGCGAUGAUCAGGGUGCCGGUCCAUCCACGUCCCGUUCCAAUGAUAAUUCUAGUGCGUGAUAGUUUUUAAUUCCUCAACCCCGACAUGAAGGAGAAGCUGAAGCUGAAGCCGAAGGAGAAAAGCCCCAAAUACAAACUGAAUUAUGAAGAUUUCUCAGCUAUAAACUGGAAUAACAGAAAUUUGAAGCAUGUUGUAGAAUUUUGGUCAAUGUAAGAAGUGAAAAACAAAAUUGUUAAUUAGUUUAAAAAAAGAAAACAAGAAAACGAACAAGCAAAACACGUCGAUGAAAACAGUUGAGAGGAGAACAGGGAGAACAGAGAAAAUAUUUAAGCAGCGCCGAGCAAAGCAAACAAUAAUAAAUUUAAUAAUAAAUUGUAUGUGUGUAUUACGAGCCGAGAGAGAAAUUUAAAGAAUUUAAUGAAAGAUGAUACAAAGUAAAGUUUUGAAACAGAAGGUAGAUCCACAAGAUCAUCGCCCAUUUGAUUAGGUAUACGGAACCGAACGAACACGGAGGCCAUACGAGCAUUGGUCAAUGUUGAACGGAUAUCCAAAAAUUGAGCUGAACAAAUUGGUAAUACUUAUUGUAAUUGUAAUAGGAAACCUAAUAACACGACAACAAAAUUGCAAGCAAAAUUGAAAAUUAGAAAUUACAAUGAGCAUGGAAAACGGAAAUCAACUUGUUAUAAAC